AUGGGUAUUAUAAAAAGAAUACUACUUUUACAAAUUGUUUUAGUGCUUGUGUUAUGUUGUCAUAGGAUAAAAUGUGAAGAAGUAAGUAGCAUAUCGAAUAAAGCGUCCAUUAAGGAUGAGGCGCAAAAUAAUAAUAGUGACAAGAGUAAUAGGAACAAUAAUAAUAAUAAUAGUAAUAAUAGUAAUAAUAGUAACAAUAAUAGUAAUAAUAACAACAAUAAUAAUAGUAAUAAUAAUAAUAAUAAUAACUCUGGUUUAAGUGUAAAAACAGAAAAUUUAAAAAUGACCAUAAAACCAGAAGGGGAAGAACAAUCUCCUUUGAAUUCUUCUUCCGUUGAACAAAAAAUAGAUACACCUCAACUUGAAGAUUUAAGAAAAAAGGAAGAAACUAAAGAUAAAAAAAUUUAUGAACAAGUAAAUAAUAUACAAUCGAAAAAAGAGAAUUUAACAAAUAUUUUAGAGAAGGUAGUACAAGGAGAUAAUAAUAAAAACACACAAGGAACCAUAUCAACACAAAUGAAUAGUAGUACUACAUAUACAAAUAAUAAUAGUAAUAGUAAUAAUAAUAGUAAUAAUAAUAAUAAUAGUAAUAAUAAUAGUAUUAGUAAUAAUAAUAAUAAUCUUGAUACUAAUAUUGUAUCACAAACAAACUUUAUAGAAAAUACUUCAAAUAAUGAUAAAAAUCAAAACGAGAAAAAAGAAAGCAACAAUACAUCUGGAAACACAUCAAAAAGUUCAAACGGACAGAAUUUAGCAAAUUCAAAAGAAGUAGAACAGGCAGUGGUUAAAGAAAUUACAGCAAAAGAGGAGACAUCCAAUGAAAAAAAUGAUGUUACUAAUACAAAGGGUUUAAGUGAUAACAACAAAAUUUCUAGUGAUAACACAAAAAUUUCUAGUGAUACCACAAAAAUUUCUAGUGAUACCACAAAAAUUUCUAGUGAUAACAACAAAGGUUUAAGUGAGAACACAAAAAAUAGUAAUGAUGUUAAUGGUCCUACUAAUAUCAAUGAGGAUAAUAAAGGUAGUGCAGAAUAUGUAGAUCUGGCUAGCCAAAAGAUAUAUGACGAAAUGAAUAAAAACAUAGAGGAUAGUGGAUCAAAUUUGAAUUUCCUUAAAUUAUUAUCUAUAGGUUCAUCUAUCUUUAUGCAAUUAAUAUUUUUACCUACCAUAUUUAAAAUAAUAAAGAAGAAAACAACAGGUGAAUUGGAUGGUUUUCCUUAUAUAAUAUUAUUAUUAUCAUCAUUUUUAUGGUUAGUAUAUGGUAUGUUAUUAAAUAAUUCAGCGAUUGUAUUUCCAAAUUUAGUAGGAUUGAUAUUAGGUAUAUUAUAUUGUGUAAUAUAUCACAAGAAUUGUAAAAACAUGUGGUUAAAGCAGAAGUUACAUUCUUAUUAUAAGAUAUGUGGAUUUAUAUGUUUCUUAUUAUAUGCAUUUUUAUAUAUAUUAUCAUAUGAGCAAUAUGAAGUAUUUGUUGGCUUUUCUGCAUUCAUAUCGAGUAUAGUAAAUUUUGGUGCUCCUUUAUCAUAUAUACAAAUAGUAAUAAAAAAGAAAAACUCAUCUUUAAUACCUAUGGAAGUAACAAUGGGUAGUUUGUUAUGUUCCUUUUUAUGGUUAACAUAUGGUUUUACAUUAAAGGAUGGAUUUAUUAUAAUACCUAAUUUAUGUGGUUUUAUUUUAAGUCUCUUACAAGUACUAUUAAUAAUAUUAUAUACCAAUAAAGAAAACAUAACUUUUAAUAAUGACUCAGACACAACAGUCAGUGAAAUAACUACAAGAAAAAAUCGUAAUAAAUAUAUCCCAGAUACAAAUAGUAAUAUGUUCUUUAAUGAAUAUAAUGUAGAUGAAGAAAAUAGAAUGAGUGAAAUUUCAACAACUAUGCCUAAUACAAUUUUUGAUCUCUCCUAUGAUGAAACAUCACCAUUGACUGGUAACUUCAAUUUGGAUUACAGCCGUCCAGGUGUUUCGAAUCAGAAUUAUUUAAAACGUUCAGAGAGUUUAGAGAAAAAUUCAGCCAUUACAUUUUAA